AUGGCGCGUAAAAAACUUAUAGACAUCGCGCUUGUCUGUGGGUCGGAUGGAAAAACAUAUGCUAAUGAAUGCGAACUAAAAUGUUACAAUAUCGAAAAUAAAAAAGAUCCAAUUACUAUUGCAUACCCAGAAGAAUGUAAAAAGGAAGAAGGUUGUCUGUGUUCUAAAAUCUAUGCCCCAGUCUGUGGGUCGGAUGGAAAAACAUAUGCCAAUGAAUGCGAACUAAAAUGUUACAAUAUCGAAAAUCAAAAAGAUCCAAUUACUAUUGCAUACCCAGGAGAAUGUAAAAAGGAAGAAGUUUGUCUGUGUUCUAAAAUCUAUGCCCCAGUCUGUGGGUCGGAUGGAAAAACAUAUUCUAAUGAAUGCGAACUAAAAUGUUACAAUAUCGAAAAUAAUAAAGAUCCAGUUACUAUUGCAUACCCAGAAGAAUGUAAAAAGGAAGAAGGUUGUCUGUGUUCUAAAAUCUAUGCCCCAGUCUGUGGGUCGGAUGGAAAAACAUAUGCCAAUGAAUGCGAAAUAAAAUGUUAUAAUAUUGAAAAUAAAACAGGUAUUAAAGUGUUUAUAUCUUAUGAAGGGGAAUGUAACGAAGAUACCAAUUGUUAUUGUCCCAAAAUUUAUCAACCUAUUUGCUGUAUCGGUGGUAUUACGUUUGGGAAUGAUUGCCUUUUAAACUGCAAAAACAGGGAACUCGAAAAAAAUGGUGAGAAACCUUUAAUCGUAGUAAGUUACGGAAAAUGUUCUGAUGAUUGCAUCUGCUCUGAUAUUUAUGAACCAGUUUGUGGAACAGAUGGGAAAACAUAUCCAAAUGAAUGUGAAGUUAUGUGCAAAAACAAGGAAUUAAUAGAUCCAGAUAAAUAUGUUAAUAUAGCAUAUCCAGGUUUAUGUAAAGUAAAAUGCGAUUGUAAGUCUCCGGAAGAAAGCGUGUGUGGGAGUGACGGCCAAACUUAUAGAAGUCCAUGCAUUUUAGAGUGUGAAAGUAAACAGAUUGAAGAAUCUGGUCUAUCACCAAUUGAAAUUGUUAAGAAAGGAGCUUUGCCUCUGCCCUGA